GUGAGUUGGUGUGUGAAAGCAGUUGUAUUGAUCCUUAUGAUGGGAACAGGCAUCCAUCCGGCUCAAAGUGGAACACAGAUCAUUGCAUGAGAUGUGAUUGCCUUGGUGGAGAAAUGGAAUGCUGUCACAGAUAUAGUGGCAUUGCAAUUGGUCCAGUAGGCUGCAAAGCUGUUGUUAAUCCUGAAACGUGCCGCUAUGAAUUAUAUCGCAUAAACAACCCUUCGGAGCCAUGUUUCUGA